AUGGCUCCCAUCAAGAACCUCCUCCUUGCCCUUUUCGUCGCUGCCGAUCUCGCAGCAGUCUCGGCUCACAGCGUCAUUACCAACGCCGUUGGUGAUGCCGGUGGCUCUGGAAUGGCUCUUGGAGUCGAUACCUCAACUCCCAGAGACGGAACUCGAAGACGCCCUUUCCAGCAAGAUGCAACCCGCUUCCGAGGCAACUCUGCUGAUACUGUCGGCGAAACCUUGUCUGCUGGUGACAACGACAUCGAGCAAGGAACAUUGGAUAUCAUGGAAGAGACAGGAAGCCAGCUCCCUCAGGUCAACCCCGGUGGUAGCCUCGAGAUGACGGUUCAUCAGGUCAACUCAGACGGUGCUGGUCCAUACACCUGCAUGAUCAAUGCCGACGGCACCGGUACAUCUUGGGAAAACAUCCAGGUGACGACUAAUGUCGAGGGUAAUGAGCGAGGUCGCAACCGUGACGGCGAGAUGGGAGACUUCCCUCUCGUUGCUUCUAUCCCAGCUGGUCAAAACUGUACGGGAACAGUCGCAGGCGAGGAGAACGUGUGUCUUGUCCGCUGUCAGAACCCGGCUCGUGCCGGCCCAUUUGGUGGUGUGAUCCCGGUGCAGAUGGCGAGCGGCAAUGCUGGAAAUGCUACUGACGCUGGAAACACUGGAAACGCGGGCACUGCUGGUAACGGCAACGCCAAUGACAACACCAAUGAUGCCACCAACGACACCGCUGAUGAUACCACCACCGGCGGUGCCAACGGCAACGCAAACAGCAACAACAAUGGCGACGCCAAUGGUAAUGGCAACGCUAAUGGUAAUGGGAAUGAUGAUGAGGAGGAGGAUGAAGAUGAGACCGAUGCUGGCACUCGCAACAACCGCCGUGCCACCCGAUUCUCUGCCUAA